GGAAGCGGGAGGGCCGGGGCCCGCCUCGCCUCGCCUCGCCUCGGCUCGGGACGAUGCUGCGGCUGGUGUCGCUGAAGUUGGGGCGGCUGUACCGCUACGUGAAGCUGGCGGUGCUGGGCAGCCUGGCGGCGGCGCUGGUCCUGAACACGCACUCGCUGCUGGCCUCGCUGCAGCGCAACGAGCUGGCGGAGAGGCGCUUCCUGCAGCUCAAUAAGUGCCCGGCCUGCUGGGGCACCAGCUGGUGCCGCAAGUUCCUCAACGGGCAGCUGCGGCUGGAGAGCUGGGGCCGCCUGCGGCUCCUCGACUUCUUCAACGUCAAGAACGUGUACUUCGCCCGCUACGGGGAGCCCCGCGAGGGCAGCCGCCGCGUCGUGCUCAAGCGCCUGGGCUCGGCGCAGGAGCUCGCCGAGAUCGACGCCAAGAUCUGCCGCCGCGCCACCGGCAGGGGCCGCUGCGACCUCCCGCAGGCCCUGCACGCCACCGAGUUCGCCAGCCUCAACGGCGACGUGCGGCUGCUCACCCCCGACGCCGUGGAGGGCUGGUCCGACCUGGUGCACUGCCCCUCGCAGCGCCUGCUCGACCGCCUGGUGCGCCGCUACGCCGAGACCAAGGACUCGGGCAGCUUCCUGCUGCGCAACCUCAAGGACUCGGAGCGCAUGCAGCUGCUCAUCACCCUCGCCUUCAACCCCGAGCCGCUGGUGCUGCAGAGUUUUCCGUCUGAUGAGGGUUGGCCGUUUGCAAAGUACUUAGGAGCAUGUGGAAGAAUGGUGGCUGUCAAUUACGUUGGAGAAGAGCUGUGGAGUUACUUCCAUGCACCCUGGGAGAAACGAGUGGAUCUGGCCUGGCAAUUAAUGGAAAUAGCUGAGCAGCUGACAAAUAAUGACUUUGAAUUUGCACUCUACCUCCUUGAUGUCAGCUUUGACAACUUUGCAGUUGGACCAAGAGACGGGAAAGUGAUCAUUGUGGAUGCAGAAAAUGUUCUGGUAGCAGACAAAAGGUUAAUCAGACAGAAUAAACCUGAAAACUGGGAUGUAUGGUAUGAAAGCAAAUUUGAUGACUGUGAUAAAGAAGCUUGUCUGUCCUUCUCAAAAGAGAUUCUUUGUGCUCGUGUCACGGUGGACCACAAUUACUAUGCUAUUUGUCAGAACCUUUUAUCAAGACAUGCCACGUGGCGUGGCACUUCUGGAGGACUACUUCAUGACCCCCCAGCUGAGAUUGCCAAAGACGGCCGCCUCGAAGCCUUGCUGGAUGAGUGUGCCAACCCAAAGAAGCGAUACGGCAGAUUCCAAGCUGCAAAAGAACUGCGUGAAUACCUUGCACAACUCAGUAACAAUGUGAGGUAGUCCACAGGGAAAACUUUCUGCAACACUGGCUAAAACACUAUUGCAAAGACGCAUAGAAGAUGAAGUCUUGAACUUACGUGUUCAAAAGAGAAAAUAAAGAAGUGAAACUAGUUUAUCAGUUUUCUAAGUACCAUAAAAAUAAGAUUUUAUGGUAUUAUAAUGUUCCUUUGGAAACAGACAAGGUACUUACUGAAUCAAAACUUGAGCUACUAUUGAUUCUUCUCCUUAGCUAUUUAAAAGGGAGUUGGUCAAAAAUGACUGUGAUAGCUUAAUUGACAGCUUGUGUGUCAAAGGGUACUUCACAUAAAACUGCAUUGGUGUCACAGUUUUGUGAAGCUGAUGUUCUUGCUUGGAGAGUCAAGUUAGACUGAUGGCCUGUUUUAAAGGCCUUUUUCAUGACAUCGUUGUCUCAUUUUUGUGUUUGUUUAAACACCUUGAAGUGGCAUUUACUUACAGGUAAAUAUAGCUGUCUGCAUUGUUUCAAGUUUAACAGGCUUUCAUGUUAAUGCUGUGCAGUACAUUCCUACUGUGAGUGCAGGAUUCCCACGUUUACUGUCUAAUUUUAGGGGGUUUUACACUGUAUUUAACUAUGCUUAGGUGUUGUGUGUGUUUUUUUUAAGGUCAUCAUAAACUCAAAUGUUAUUUGAAUUAACAUUCAUUUGAUGUCUUUUGUAGUUCUGCUGUUGGAGAUAACACUUAAUGUAAUUAUUGCACAAAAUUUUUUACCCUUCAUGCCAGUACAUACACGACUGUUCAGCAGGAAAUCGCAGUAUGAGCAAACUCUCAUUUAAUAGAGAUUAUUUGAGAAUUAAGGAGAGACUAAGAUAAAAAGUUCUGUAUGAAUUUAAAUUGGGGAUAGGAGCUUGACUAAAAAAAAUUCACUACUCCAGUGUAGUUGAGCAUAAACCAAAGAAAAUGGUUUUGUUUAUUAGUUCCUAAGCUAAGUGUAAAGAAAAAAUACUGUGCUGUAGUGAAGCUAAUAAUUCUCAAAAUUCAGAUUUCAUUGGUUGUUGCUUACUGUUCGCAGAACUUACAAAAACUAUGCGCUUAUACUAGAAGGAAACCCUAAUUUGAAUAAAAGUGUAGAAGGCUGGCAAUUUGUUUUACAUCAUUACCAACUCUGUUGAAUUGAAGUCUAGUCAAGUUUACUGAAUAUUCAUCUUUUAGUUUACCAGCUAAAUUGAUUAAACACUAUACACUCUAGACAGCUUUUUCUUGAACAAAGUUUGACUAUUCCCAGUACAGUUAAAACUGACUUAUUGAGGUUUGUGUAAAUCUGAAUUUCUUCUGAUAAAUAACAAUUUUUAAAAAAAACCUCAGUUACUGUUACAAGAACUCACUUCAAAGCUUGUUUUUCAAUUAUUUAACUACUAAAAUGCUUCAUUUUCCUCAAGUCUUAUUCAUAACACAAUGCUCUAAGCAAAUGUAUGCAUAUUAUUUCUGGUAACAAUAAUGAAGAAAGCUAACAGUUCUUAAAUGUGUGCAUAAAACAAUAUUUCACUCAAACUAAAGAUUCUGAGUAAGAUAGUUUGUAUGCUAAUUUCAAGAGCUAAGUCAAUGCAGUUCAUACUGCAUCAAAAGACUGAUGGAAACUGUUGUUUUACCAAAUUGUUGCAAGUGCAAGGUGAGGAAAAUAGCAAGCUCAUGGGUCCUUCUCAAAAAGUGCAGCCAUAUAAAGAUGUGGUGUGACUUUGAUUUCUUAGACAGCUGUAUUAAGGAUAUUUUAGACUUCUAAAUUCCCAUUUCAUCUUCUUUGCAUAUAUAGUUUAAUUUGCACCAGCUCGUCUUAAUUGUUUUCUGAAGUUGAAGGACCAAGGCAAGUUUUAAUUUUCAUUUCUACCCUCCCCUUGUUUGAGGACUGUCCUACAUACUUGCUCUGGCAUAUUCUGUCAGAGAAUGUGUUCAUGUGAUUUUUUUCGUCAUAAAAUCUACUUAUUUAAGAAACUAGAAUAACACUAGGUAAUACUACCCUACCAUAAAAGCCUUGACUUAUCACUAAAGUUGAUUUUUUUUAAACCAUCUAGCACAUUUCCCAAUGAGCGAGUGGAGUAUGAUUGUUAAAGUUUUAGAAGAAACAAACACUGCCAGUUCUCAUUACUACUUGAGGCAUUUCUGUAGCUGCCAGAAUGUCCUAUCACAUCUGCUUUGGGGUUCAGUUCCCUCAGAAACAAGUUACUAAAGCCAAUUGUAAAAGGAAUUUGGAAUUUUAAAAAAUACUACAGGGAAAACACGGAGAGCAAUAAAUCUUGGUCAGUUUGCACCUAUCAGAUAUUUAUUGUACAAUAACAAUUUAUAUUUUUAGUCAUUGUCCAUUAUUAUUAAUGAACAUGGUGAACUAUUUUUGAAUGAGAUGUUUGGGGUUUGUAUGUGCAUUACAAUUGUCCUUUUGUACUGUAAGUUACUGUUUGAUUGGAAUAUUUUAUCAAAACUGUCUCCCUGUGCCUUUAUAUUACAAGAAAGUUGUUUCUGCAACUUCUAAUGAUAUUAAUAAAGAAUACUUUAAGAAUCUCAU